AGCGCUUUGACUGAACAAAUUGAACGCUUUGAUGGGAUCUCUUUAAAAACAAUCGAUUUUUAUUUACUAAACAAAUUCCAAAUCAAAACUUGUUGGAUGUGUGAAAAACUUAUUCUCUUAGCUGUGGCGUUGUUCCUGUGGUUUCUGUUUGAAUCAGAUCAGCAAGUGUGAUACUACAGAUUAGUUUCCAGUAAACUCGUCCCAUUCUAGCAUAUUGCUUGCUUAGUGAUACAAAAGAAACCAAGUUCCCGUUAAUCGCUUGGUUCAGGAAGUUGUUUGUAUUGUUUAUGACGCAGUCCGGAAAUCCCUGAGUAGCGUUUGGCUCGUCAUCGAAAUCGUGCAGCAAUAGCAGAUGGAACUGAUUGCACUGCAAAAUGGUCAAACUGCUACCGUUCUGGAUCUGGAUUUCUGCCGACUUUGCCUGGGCCGCGAUGGAACCGAGCUAAUCAGUGUUUUCAAUGAAGGCAUCAAUGAGGAAGGAAAGGAACCGCUAAAUGUGAAGAUUUUUCGAUUCUUCGAAGUUCAGAUCAAUGAAACUGACAUUCUUCCAACACAUAUUUGCCAGCUUUGUCUGCUUCAGACGGAGAGUUGUUCCGAUUUCCGGGAUAAUUGUAUACGCAAUGAGAAAAAACUGCAGGAGUUGUUUGCAGUACAAGUAUCCGAAGUGCAGGAAGAACAGGAUCCGGCGGAAAAACCCAAACCAACGGAUGAACAGCAGAGGGUGAAGGUUUUCAAGCGCGAAGAGCUUAUACUGGAGAAUGACGUUGAGGUAGAAGAAGAGGAGGAAGAGGUACCGGAAACGAUUGUCGUGGAUCCUACCAAGGAUUACGAAAGUUCUAACCAAAGUUUGCAAGAGUUCUUCACGGAUGAGGAUGAAACCACGGAUGGGCCAGCGCUGGAUGAUGCGGUCGAUGAAAGUGUCAAAGUUGCUAGUAUGAACGAUUCUUCGGAGGAUCUACUGGAGGACAGUAAACUUAAAAAGUUAGUUCACAUGUGCAAGUAUUGUGAUGUGGCAUUUGCAAUGUCCAACGCUUGUUACAUCCACGAAACGCAGGACCACGAUCUGCUAGCGCCGUAUGCUUGCCAGUUUUGCGAGUUCAAAACAAUUAAUCGGAGCAUUCUCAUUACGCACAUUCGAGACGUGCACGGAAUUGAACGACCAUACAUUUGCAUUCAAUGCAACAAAGGAUUCCACCGAAGAUCGGAUCUGAAAAAGCACACGUUUGUACACAGUGGCGUGCGGCCUUUCGCCUGUCAUGAGUGUGGAAAAAGUUUUUCGAGGAACACUAAUCUGACGAAGCAUUUGAGGAUUCAUUCCGGGUUUAGGCCGCACAUUUGCAAUACCUGUCCAAGAUCAUUCGCCAACAAAGCCGAUUUGGUUCGGCACCAGAACAUUCACAUGUCCCUGGGGAAGCAAUUUUCCUGCAGCAAGUGCAACAAUAUGUAUGCUCGUAAGGACAAACUUCUCAGCCACGAGCGACUAUGCUAUGCCAAACAGAUGCAGCAACAACAGCAGCAAAUUUCUCAAAUAAUGGCAACGGCCAUCCCUAUUAGGGCCACCACAAUGACACAGGCAGAAUUUGAUGCGGAAAAUAUGGUCAUCGCGCUGGACCCGUACCAGGAAAUCGACCAAUCUCAAACCGAAGAUGAUCCCGGCAUACCAAAUGCCGCUCCCAUUUCGGCAAUAUCGACUUUUUCCAACAUCGCCCUGCCACUGAACCAGCCGAACGCAUCUCCAACAAUGCAGGCAAAGUUUUUCUCCUGCCAAAAGUGUCCGAAAAAGUUUCUUUCGAAGAACACCCUCCACACGCACCAGCUCAUUCACUCGGAUGUUCGCAAUUACCGGUGUCACACGUGCGAUAAGAAGUUUAUUCGGAAAAGGGAACUCGACCGCCAUCUGACUGCCGUCCAUAGUAAUCAUAAACCGUUCGAGUGCAAGCAGUGCUUCAAGCGGUUCUCACGUAAGGAUAAAUUACUGCGUCACGAGCGUGUUCACCGGGAUGACAAGUUUUUCGCCUGCAAUGCUUGCGAUGCCAAAUUCCUCCGGAAGGAAGCUCUAACGAUUCAUUCGAAGAUACACUGCACAGCAGCGGCGGCCAUCCGCACGGACCAUAAUCCUCCGUCGGAUGUUAUUAUUAUGAUUGACCAAGCCCAGCAGGAUCAGCUGCUGAUGGAUCAUAUGCUAUCCUACCCGGCUGACACUGUAGGGUUAGACGCGCUCGCUCCCACUGCUCUGUUGUAAGUGACUGAACAACAAUUGAUUUUCCCACCCAAGGAAUUCCGUGCUGUGUCUGUGUAUACCAAGCAUCGUUGCCUAGGACGCCGGUCUAGGUCCUAAUCAGCGUUGUAAAUGAGUCUCGUAAUCUCCGGGACAAGUUUCAGUAGGUAUGAUCAUUGACCUGUUUAACUGUGACUGUGUAGUGUUUUGGAUAUUCUGUCACGGGGAAUCACCUAUCUAUAUUACUAGCAGUUUAGUGAUUACGAUAAGGAUGUAUUUAUUAAAACUAAUUAAGCAAAUUGGUCUCAAUUGUCGCUGGUUUAGAUGUCGUUGCCAAUAAACAGAAAUAUUCCUAAUAAUA